ACUUCAGGAAGAAACACUCUUUCUGCAAGCAAGGGAGUUGCUUUGUAAAUAUUUGCAAGUCCUGCACAGACAUUUAUUUUUUAUAUAAAAAGCGUUAAUAAAAAAGAGAAAAUGUUAAAUGUAACAAGAGUUGUGUUAAGCUCCCGACCAGGCAACAGUGGUCAACCAGUUAAAGAGAAUUUCCGUGUAGAGGAGACCACGACAUCAUCAGAGCUGAAGGAAGGACAAGUGUUGGUUCGGACUCUUUAUCUCUCAGUUGACCCUUACAUGCGCUGUCGCAUGAACGACGAUACUGGAGCUGACUACCUGUUGCCAUGGAGAUUGGAGGAGUGUGUGGAUGGAGGAGGAGUUGGUGUAGUUGAAGCCAGCAAGAAUCCGGAUUUAUCUGUGGGCACCAUCGUCACCUCCUUCAACUGGCAUUGGCAAACCUACGAUGUGAUGGAUGGCAGCCUUUUGCAAAAGGUCGACCCAGGGAUGGUGGAUGGUCAUGUGUCGUAUUUUCUUGGUGCAGUGGGCAUGCCUGGCCUUACUGCGUUUUUUGGGGUGAGAGAGAAGGGUCAUGUGACUGCAGGUGCCCAGCAGACGAUGGUCGUGAGCGGAGCAGCCGGAGCUUGUGGGUCAGUUGCUGGACAGAUUGGCCGAUUGGAUGGUUGUAAGACAGUCGUGGGGAUUUGCGGCUCUGACCAAAAAUGUCAGACCUUGGUAAAAGAGCUGGGAUUUACAGCAGGGAUAAACUACAGAAACGGAGACGUCAGCUCAGCGCUGAGAGAGCAUUGCCCCAGAGGCAUUGAUAUUUACUUUGACAAUGUAGGCGGCCCCAUCAGCGAUGCUGUUAUAUCACAGAUGAAUCCCGGUGCUCAUGUGAUCCUGUGCGGCCAAAUCUCGCAGUACAACAAGGAUGUGCCUUACCCUCCUCCUUUAAGUCAAGAUACCCAAGAAGCUUUGCGUCGUAACAACAUCACAAGGGAGAGAUUUAUUGUGUUGAACUACAUGGAGAAACAUGCAGAAGGCCUCAUGCAGCUCAGCCACUGGGUAAAAACAGGCCAGAUAAAGGUGUUGGAAACUGUUGUGAAUGGCAUCCAAAACAUGGGAGAAGCGUUCUGCUCCAUGAUGACCGGAGGCAAUAUCGGUAAACAAGUUGUCAAAAUUUCAGACUGAGUCAGACGUCUGCAGCAAGAGGCCUUCUGGAGGUGGUCUGCUGUUAAACCUGAAAGUCUAUGAGAAAGGAGUCCUUCGAAAAGACACAUGAAGUUCCUCCUGUGGGACUGUCCCUUUAAGUGUGCUAGAGGUAACUGUGGAUAAAGACAACAGAUUCCUUUGCC